AUGAACGCACUGGGAUUCCUCGCAAGCAUUGUAGUCCUGGCCACGGCCGUGAAUGCCGGCUUCCUUGGCGGCUACGGAGGCUACGGAGGUUACGGUGGUGGCUACGGUUACGGCGGUUACGGAGGCUAUGGCGGAGGCUACGGCGGAGGCUACGGCCAUGGACUUGGAUAUGGAGGCUAUGGUGGAUUCGGAGGUUACGGCCUCGGAUUCGGCAAGGUCAUCGGAAUUGGCUACGGAGGAUACGGUGGAUAUGGCGGCUACGGAGGCUACGGCGGAUAUGGCGGUUAUGGCGGCUAUGGCGGCGGUUAUGGAAAGUACUGGUAG